AUGUCUGAGAACGCCGCCUCAGCACCAGUCGAAGUCUCCGUUCCGCCUCAACACACCGUCACGUCGAACCACGAAACGCUCACCCCUCCAAGUCCCAACAUCCCUGACUCCUCCACCCGACCUGCCGCGUCCCAGCUUUCCACCACCACCCCCGAUGAACAGAAGGAUCCCAAAGAUGUGUCACAGGGUAAAAGUCCUCAGAGUGACCCAGAUUCUAACGUAGAGGACGUAGUCAAGCAAGCCGAGGAUCAACUGGCGCAACAAGCCGGCCACAACGCAAACGAGUCAAAUGACUCUGCCAAGACCGACACUACCAAGCCCGAAACCACCCAUUCUACAACAACAACAACGAAACCCGCCGGCCCCUCGAGUUCCGAAGCCGCCGACGCGGCCGUCACUGCUGUCGCAGAAGCGCUGUCGGAAGCGGACAGUAUCCCCGAACCUAAGGUAUCUCAGCUGGACUCCAAGGAAAUUGAAUUAUCCAGUGCUGAUGUGACUGAGCUCCUCGGCCAAGAUUCCGCCGCCACCUUUCGUCGCGCCAUGGCCCUCACUUUGGCGUCAGGCCUGGCCGAGGUUGGCGGCGGCGUCGCCGUGACCACCAAUGAAGACAAGGCUGGUGUCAUGCUACAGGAGGCUACGCGUCUCUUUGUAUUGCUCUUGACCAGUGUGCCGGAUGAGGCACAGGAAUCCGCGGGCUUUGCAGAGCUGCUCACUGGCUACGGGAAGUCGUUGUUGGGCUUUGUCAGAAAAGCGGGCCAAAGGCAAGGCGUUCUUGGCGCAAAAGCGAAGGGCGAUGCUGCCCCGGCGGAAGAGGAUUUGGAGGAUGAGGAUGAUAAUGAGGAACUUGCGUGGACCCAAUUGGAAGCCGCCAGGGUCGCCUUCGAGAGACUCGUCAAGGGAGGUGCCGAUCGCUUCAACAGCCGCUUGGGGGAUGUGCAUGGCUGUCUAGGUGAUCUCUUGCUUGAAGGCGAUGCGUGGGAAGCGGCUUCGAGAGAGUAUGAUAUUGCGAGCACGCUUUUGAGUGGUCGGAGGAAGGCCGAGGUUCUUUACAAACAAUAUUUGGCAAUGAGACGAGAUGCAGCUGUCAAGGCCGUUGAGGCUCUCAAGGAGAGCGUGCGUGCGUUUGAGGAUGCCGAGAGUGAUGAAGAAACGAUCAAGGAACUGAGAGAGGAGCUGAGUGGAUUUGAGGAAGCUAUAAUGCCGGCCGUGACGUUACUCAAGCAGGGUGAAAAGCGAGCGGGAGAGGCGAAGGAGGCUACUGUUGUGCAGCCGCGCAAGCGAGCGAAGAAGGAUAAGUAG